AUGGAGGAUAGCUGUGAAAAACCUAUGGAUAGUGCUUCUACAAAAGAAGAACCAGGAAUUGAGGUACAAGCCGUUCCUGACACUACUUCUGAAGAAGCCAAGGACACUUCCCAAAAUCUCUUUCCAGAUAGUCCUGUUUAUGAACCAGAGGAAGAACCAAAGUUAACCGAGGAAAGUAUUCAGGCUGAUACUACUUCAGCAGAAGCAGAAGCUACAGAAGAACCCCAAAUAAUACAUGCCAAAAGAAAAUUGUCUGAAGAAGGUUCAGAUACUAUUGCAAAAGUUCUAAAACUAGAUUUAGCUGAUGAAGAAAUUGCUGUGUCAUCUCAAACAUUAGAUGACGAAGUGAGUGCGAUAACGAGUGUUGCUAAGCGGAAAUUAGAAGAUGAACUACCAUCAACAUCCCGGGUUCGAACUCCAGUACGGUCGAGUCCAAGAAAAUUGACGAAGCGAAGCAACAGUGUAGAAAUAACCCCAAAGACACCAAAGACCCCGAAAUCAAGAUCGGCUAGUGUUGAUAUAACUAAAAGUCGUAAAACGCCUAAAACACCUCGCAUUCAAUUAGAUUUAUCAAAAGAAAAGCCAGUGAAUGAAGAUUCUGCUACUAGCUCAAAAACACCAAGUCGACCGAGUGUAGAGUUUGUAUUGGAAAUUCCACCACCUAAAAUCCCUGACACGAUUGCAGAAGAGAGUACUGAGGAUUUAAACGAUUCUCAGAAUUUCCAUCUAGAGUUUUCGCCAUCUGAAGAAGAAGUGGAUAAGAAGGGGCCUACUUAUAGCAGUGAGCCUGUCGUGGCUAAGGAUAGAAUAGAAGUUAUAGACGUAGAUUUACCAGAGAAAGCCAAAACUGAAGGUGAUAUCUCAGAAAAUGAUAUAUCAGUAGCUACAAAAGACUACAAGGAAAAGAAUACUGAUCAAGAAAGUACCGACAGCAUCUGCUCCGUGGGUCUAGACAGCCCCGAACAUGUGCCUAGCGUCGCGUCGAAACUUAUCUCAAAAUUGUCUAAUGGCAACUCGUCCACACCUACAGAAAUUGGGGAAAAACUUUGUUCUGACAUCACACCAGAUAUGUCAAAACUGAAUGGGAAUAAACUAAAUAGAAAUAAACACGAGUCAUUCCGAACUAGCAACACUACGACUCCAUCAACCAUAUCGCCCUUACAGAAUGGCCAUUCAUUACCAAUUAAUACACCUCAAUUACCCAUAUUCGAUAUCCAUGUCAGCCACAAUGAAGAUUGCGAGUUUCUGUCUCUAUACGUAGUGAGGACAGAUAACGACGUAGGAAUGGAUAUGUGCAAAGAAUAUCAACGGAUUUCGAAAAGAUUCACCAUGGAUCCGUACAUGGGCGAUGUCUCUGUAAGCACUUCACCGUCAAGUGUAACUAGUGUUGGGAUGAUCAAUCUGCCAAAUAGAACGUCGUUCGCGUCAACUGUCAGUUCAUCAUCAACUUCAAGUAACCGCACUAGUGAUGGGGCAUUCGUAGUUCCACAGCCACCGAGAAAAUCGGUAUCGAACCCAUCCACUACAGUCAAAGGGUAUGAGGCAUUGAUGAAGAAACUUCAAGACAUAUUCUCGCACAUUCGAGAAACAUCUGUCUCAGAUAGGUCAAUGAACGACGAAAAGAUUUCUGUGGGCAUUCAAGUUUCGAACGAAAGUGGUUUAAGUAACGGUAACGCAAGUCCCGAGGAAGUAAGCAAGUGUGAUAAAGCUACGCCAAAGAGUUCUCUCAAGAAGAGCCGAGUUCGUGGUCGUAGGCCCAUCGCUGGGAAAACUAAGCGUGCGUUGUUGCCCACUCAGCCAGAAGAAGCCGAAUACAUGCAGGGGAUGAACUCCCCAGAAAUGAUACCAACUAAUGGGGAUAGUGGGAAAAUGUCACCUAAGGAAGAGAAACCGCUAUCAUCUUUAGUAGGAACGCCCAAAUCGGUGACGAAAUUGAAGCAAAAACGUCGUCCUACAUCACCGAGACCGGCGACGCCCGUAGAGAAAGCCGUUGUAAAACCCGAAUAUCCUGGUUUUCCACCAGAUACGGUUGUGUUAGCUAAAUGGGUGGACAAACGCUAUUAUUCGGGGAAAGUUCUAGAAAUUACGGAACCGAAUAAGUAUUUAAUCAAAUUUGAUGAUGGACAAAGUAAAGUGAUUUUGGACGAUUUCAUAAUAUUUGGGGAUAUGAAAAAGCUACCUUUGCAAGGGCAGUCUGUGUACGCGAUGGUCGAUGAUGAACAGAACUAUGAGCCUGGUUUAGUGCUUGGUGUUGAAGAAAACGAUAAUGGCACUAUUACUUAUCGUUGCACUACUGAUAGAGAUGCGAUAGUUCUGGUGACGGCUAGCGAGCUGUACCUAACAGAGGACCAGGCGAGGUCAAUAAAGGAGUUCGCUAGAGCGCGCUCCCCGACCGCGCCCGCCACCCCGCGCCGGCGGCACAACAGGGAACUGGAUCUUGAUAAUAUAAUACAGGGUCCUCGCAGCGCUCGCAGCAGGGACAAGGGAAGCUCCAGUGCAAGAAAACGAGUUGCCUCGCCGAUUAGUCCUAAAGCAUCUACUUCAGGUGUAAAGAGCAAGAGUACGCCAGUAGUGCCGGCGGCGCGCAAGCGUGUCGCGAGCGAGAGCAGCGAGCUGAGCGAGAGCAGCAACCCGGCGCCGUCGGCCGGCGCGCGCCUCGAGGAGGUGGCCGGCGUGGAGCCCGAGGUGCAGCGCACGCCGCGCAAGGUCGACGGGGUCAAGGCGGGUCCCCUCCAACUAAAAGGCGCGGCCAAACAGAACAUAGGCAAGAAGAACUCCAAGUUAACAAAGUUUGAGAAUGAUGAAGACACAGUAUCUACACUCGGUCCGAUCCCUCCAUCUGAUAGCAAGAUAUUCGCUGGACUGUGUUUCUUGCUAACUUGUACAGAACCGCCUCGGCCUUCCAAAUCUGAAAAGUGUCAGUAUUCGUCUGAGGAGGACAGUGAGGCGACCUCGACCAUGACGGGAACAGACACAGAAGACUUGGAGUUCUGCCACCGACCCUUCAACAAGGAACGACUGAAGGAACAGUUGGAAACAGGCGGUGGGACUGUUUAUAGUCAUUUCGACGACGUGCCAAAGACCAAAUACACGGUGUGCAAGUUAAUAGCACCCCGGCCGUGUCUAACAGCCAAGUACAUACAGUGCUUAGCGGCGGACAUCAGGUCGGUGACACAUGAAUGGGUCAUCAUGAGCUGUACCAACAACAGGAUGAUGGAUGUUGAUGCGUUCGUGCUGCCUUCCGGAUGGUCGAUAUUGAAGAAGUGCUUUGUGAAUUGGAAACCCGCAUUCAGCAAACGCAACCCAACAUUCUUCAAAGACAAAACAAUAUUACUAUGCGGUGAUCAAGACACAUUCGUUAAAUUUUGGGAGAGGGUGUGCACUUUAGCCGGAGCUAACACUCGGGUUGUCAACGAAGAAGACCUAAACAUGUCCGGAGCGCUAGCCCUAGUAACUGAAUGGGACUGCCCACACGAAGUACAGAACAAAGCCAACCAAGAUAACAUACCGCUAGUCUCAACAACAUGGGUUGUUCAAUGUCUGAUCGAAGCUAAAGUACUCUCCCCGACCAGCCACGAUAAGUUCUCAUUUAUGUACACAGAGCCCGAA